CUUGCAAUCGCCAAGCCAACAAACCGUUACAAUUGUUGAGAGGUGCAGUGUUCAGUUAUCUUUUUACUUCAGUUAAUUUGUUAUCGAAAUGAGAGAAAUCGUUCAUCUUCAAGCAGGCCAGUGUGGAAAUCAAAUCGGAGCGAAGUUCUGGGAAGUCAUCUCGGACGAGCAUGGCGUUGAUCCGACCGGCACGUAUCAUGGCGAUUCCGACCUUCAACUUGAAAGAAUAAACGUUUAUUACAACGAGGCGACAGGCGGGAAAUAUGUUCCCAGAGCAGUUUUGGUCGAUUUGGAGCCGGGAACGAUGGAUUCUGUACGUUCAGGACCGUUCGGACAGAUUUUCAAGCCGGAUAAUUUUGUAUUCGGCCAAAGUGGGGCUGGAAAUAACUGGGCUAAAGGACAUUACACAGAAGGAGCAGAGCUUGUGGAUUCUGUUCUUGAUGUGGUUAGAAAAGAAUCUGAAGGAUGUGAUUGCCUGCAAGGUUUCCAACUUACACAUUCUCUUGGAGGUGGAACUGGCUCCGGAAUGGGCACUCUUUUAAUUUCAAAAAUCCGUGAAGAAUAUCCCGACAGAAUAAUGACCACAUUCAGUGUGGUACCAUCACCUAAAGUUUCUGACACAGUAGUUGAACCAUACAACGCCACCCUGUCUGUACAUCAACUUGUUGAGAACACAGAUGAGACAUUCUGUAUCGACAAUGAAGCUCUCUAUGAUCUCUGUUUCCGAACCCUGAAACUUACCACACCAACAUAUGGUGACUUAAACCAUCUUGUUUCUGCUACCAUGAGUGGUGUUACAACAUGCUUACGAUUCCCUGGACAGUUGAAUGCAGAUUUGCGAAAACUGGCUGUCAACAUGGUUCCAUUCCCACGUCUUCAUUUCUUCAUGCCUGGUUUUGCUCCUCUCACCAGCCGUGGUUCAUCUCAAUACCGUGCACUCACUGUUCCAGAACUCACCCAACAAAUGUUUGAUGCCAAAAACAUGAUGGCAGCUUGCGAUCCUCGUCAUGGUCGAUACCUCACAGUUGCUGCUAUGUUCCGUGGCCGUAUGUCCAUGAAGGAAGUUGAUGAGCAAAUGCUGAACGUCCAAAACAAGAACAGCUCCUAUUUCGUGGAAUGGAUUCCAAACAACGUGAAGACUGCUGUCUGUGAUAUCCCACCAAGAGGUUUGAAGAUGUCUGGUACCUUUAUAGGAAACAGCACAGCCAUCCAAGAAUUGUUCAAACGAAUCAGUGAGCAAUUUACAGCUAUGUUCCGUCGAAAAGCUUUCUUGCAUUGGUACACAGGAGAGGGCAUGGAUGAAAUGGAAUUCACUGAGGCUGAAUCCAACAUGAACGACUUGGUUUCUGAAUAUCAACAAUACCAAGAAGCCACAGCUGAGGAAGAAGGAGAAUUUGAGGAAGAAGAGGAGGAAGAGGAAGCAUAACUGACUAAACCUAUUGCUCAUGACUUUGAAAAAUAAUACGGUGCAACUAAAGAUUGACAUUGCAAUAAUAAUAAAAUUAAAUUAAUCAUCGAUAGUGUUCUGUUUGAAUAUCUUUUUCGUUAUAACUGUUUAAACUUUUUAAGCUAACUGUCGGUGACCUAUGAUAAAUAUUUGGUAUGGCGUGGGUGAGAAA